CAAAAACACAGAGCGAUCAGCUGACUGCGUGUGCAGUAAUAAAAAGUGUAGAUAUACGGUAGUAAACCUAUGUUCUGACACGCUUAUUUGUCUCUAACUGUACAUAUAACCUCGGCGAGAGAAAACAAAGGAAUGUGAACAGGAAGUGGAGGAAACAGCUGGUAUCUGGAAAUACUCAGAAGUGAGUGGAAGAAGUCGUCUCGCAGUCACAACAAAGAGUGAAAUAUGGGCAGUGUGUACCAACCUUUAUCUUCAGCAGAGUCAUGCAGAAGUUUAUCCAUAGAGAUGUCAGAGUGCUUUAUUUGCAGGGAUGUUGAACUCAAAGCCAGUGACCCACUGAGGAAUUUCUGUGACUGCAAGAAUUUACUUGCCCAUCACGUGUGUCUGUCCACAUGGAUCCAGAGGGGAUGUGGGAGUGAAGACAGGCUGAGAUGCAUUGUCUGCAAAGCCAAGUACCAGCUCCAGAGGAGGUCUCCGUGGCGCUCAGUGAGCUUCCGGUGGCAGACGUGGCUUGUGCUGAUCACUGCGUUUGUUCUGCUGGGUCUGGUGCCUUAUGUUGUUCACUGCAUGAUGACUGCCUUCACUAAACCUCCUCCUCCCAGCACCUUUAAAUUGGCAGCAGUCUCUUUUGGCCUGCUGACAGAGAUCCUACUGAUCAAGUGUCUGUCCAGCUACCUCAGCAGUCGUUACCGGCAGGCUGAGCAGAGCUCCUUCACAGUCCAGGCCAGAGGCUCUGAAGAGGACAGAACGUGCCCGGGCCGUCGGGAUCGCUCUGAGGCUGCUUCAGCUGCGGCAGGUCACGCUUCAUCAGCGGCCUCACCCAGUCAAGUGGACGAAGGGAAAGCGGAUGUGUUUAAGAGUGUACGUCUCAGUCUUUUCUGAACCACUAACAGAAGGAGUUCAUCCUUUGGGUAUUAGAUGUUUCUAACAGCCAUUUAAGAUAUUACAUCAGUUUAUCAAUGUAGCUUUUAUGAAAUGUUGCACUUUAAAACCUAUUUUUCAGGUGUCAAAUAUUCUUGUUUUCCUCUCUGUCAGACCCUUCAUUCACUGGAUAUAUUCUCACAUAUUGCAAAUUGAUCGCCAUGAAGAGAAUGCACGCAGCUUGCAUGAGUGUGUUCAGGUUCAGAAAAAAAAGAGCCUGAAAUCACUCUCUUUCCUUAAUGAUGUCCACACAGAGACAAUGGGGCGCCGCUCUGAUUAGUGUCACCUGUCUUUGUGCAUCUCAUCAGCUCCAUUAUGGCUCCAUCUCCCAUGCUUCUUCUGCUAAUUGAAUAGCCUGUGAAGUGGUGACGAGGACGGGGGCGAGAGCAACGUCUGUCCCGCUGCUGCCUCGGAAAUGAGAGUAAAGCUUCCCAGUGAGACACUACCGUUGUUCUUAAAACCUAAACCAUUAUCAUACAGAUAAAGAAAGUGCUAACAAGUAGUACUCAUGUUAUAUUACCAUCAUAUCGUCUAUGGAUUAUGUUCAUAUAUAUAACAGCUUUGAAUUAGCAUCUGCUGUUGUUUUGAGGGGAAUGCAGUGCCGCUGUAUACUUUGUGUCAGACAGAGCGUCCAUAUCGGACGCAGCAAUAAGAUAUUCACUCAUGGCUUUCAGGUGUAUAUUCCAUACAGGAGUUGUGCAUGGCAAAAAGGUAUGGGUCUGGAAAUACGCUUAUUUGCGAGUUGGAUAAGAAAACUCAAACUACUUGCAUAUCUGUGUGGUAAAUAUACUGCUUAUUAUAGCCAGUAGCUGGUUAGCUUAGCUUAGCACGAAGCCUGGAAACAAAGGGAAAAGGCUAGCCUUUCUUGGUCAAAAGGUAACAAAGUCUGCCUAGCAGCACCUUUUUUUUAUUCGGGGGGUUAUGUGCUGGAUAUGUAAAACUAUUCCUUUAAAGUUAAGGUAAGGCUAGCAUUAUUCUAUAUAUUUUUUGUAUUCUCAGCUAAUCUCAUGAAAAGAUGAUCAUGUUCCUCGAGGCACGGCUCUGCUGCCGACCAUGUGCUCACCUGACGAUUGUUUGCUGAGUUUAUGGUCCUUGUUUUACGUGGAUUAUCAUACAUUCACUGGGAGCGACCUACAUGUAACACAGAAUCUCAACGAAUUAAGCAUGAGAGUGAAUUAUUCUUUACCUUACAACGUUCCUGUUCCUGUUGCCUGGAAACUCUUGUCCAACCAGAGUUUCCAGGCACUAGGAACUACACUCACACUAAGUGAUGUUUUGGGCCUAAGUUAACAGGGGUACUACGGUAACCUACGAUCCAUAAGAUGAAGGAAACUGUGUUCCGGAGGAGGCCUGAGAUAAUGAUUAUAAAGAUGCAGCUGCAGAUUCCCUUUACCUGUCAUCAUGCUGUCCAAUGUGUGCUCCGUAAGCAAUAAACUGGAUGAACUCAUAGCCAGAGUUGAAUAUGACAGUCUUAUCUGUCUCACAGAGCCUUGGAUCAAAGAUAACACAACUCCAAAGAGGCUAUACAACAAUUAGCUCAGACAGAGAUCAACAUGAAUCUGCUAAAUCAAUAGGAAGCAGCCUGUGUAUCUAACUGGGAAAAACAUUUUUGCAUGGCAAAAUGCACCCGCAAACCUAAAUUUUAACCAUCUCUUGUAAAACUUUCCAAUGCAAGAUUUUGGCAAAUCACUGUAAUUCUCGAGAACAUGGCUGGUCCAAAUGUUAAUGCUCGUAGAGAGGCUAGUGGAGAGUAACCUUGACGCCUCUCUUAUUCUGCAGCUCAACCUGUUUUUAUUCUUGGACGUUGUAAUACGAGUAUUUACAAAAAUCCUUUAGCACUAUACGGACUGUCCUAUUUGCUUUACCCGAUCUUUGCUUUGGGAACAUCCCAGAUACCUCUAAUGCUGUUAGCCGUCCACCCCUUGGAAAAUGGGACCACAUUGUUAUUCACCCUUUGGUAAGUAUGUAAUGCCACACCUCCUGUGGGGUUAUUCCAGUACUUGUUAAACACGCAUAGUGCCUAAAUCAUGGAAGCUCACAAUCAUUAAGCCUGUGCCAAAAAGCCAAACAAAAGAAUGCUGAAUGACUCUUGACCAAUAACCAUCUCUUCCAUCCAUUGUUCAUCCACAAACUUCCUGUGUGGCUGAGUAUUUGGCCCAACAAAACACUCUUCAGACGUGGGGCAAAAGUAGCAAUUUGAAGAUCAAUGUUGAUAAGACUAAAGAAAUGAUCAUUUGUGCCAAGUAGGAUUUCACAACAGAGCCUGUUGAAACAAUUAAGGCUUUAUUUCGACCCAAAGCAAAGUUGGUGAUUGCUAGAACAGUGGAAAGACAAACCAAGGCGGUUUUAGUGAUUUUUAUUGAGUUUCUGUUGUCAAAUUUUGUCAGUGCAGCUUUGAACAGAGUGAUAGAACGGCUGCUUCUUGGUAAACAAAAAGGAUCUUACUCUUUAACAAAAAGGUGUAUCUCUGUAUGGCUUUUUACAUACUGUUGUCACAUUUUUAAGAACAAUCUGAACCUAUCAGUGGCAAAGACAAGCACUUUUAGUGGACGUACAUUAACGGUGUGUAUUUGCUUAUAAGGAUUAUGUUGCAGCCAGCUUCACAAUUGCCGGCUGCAGCGCUCUUGCUCAAUACUGGACCAGUUUCAAAAAUUAUUGUCCCCAUUAGUCACUUAGACACAAAAAUAUGGGAAAAUAAAGUCCAGGUUGAAAAAUAUCUAAGUGCAAUCAGCAUUUUAAACUAAAAAAAACAGAGCCACAAAUCUUGCUCCGCAGUGUUUUGUGUUUUAAUGUUUUAUGCUUUAAGUAUUGUAUCCAUAGUUUUUACUUUUGUACUGCGUUUCCACAUUUGUUGUUAUUGGUUUUAUCUGUUCUCAUGCUGCUUUUAUAUUUUGGUGAGCCAAAGACAAUUUUCCAUUCUGAUGGACAAUAAAGUUGUAUUCAAUUCUAUUCUACAAGACCAAAGCCAAAAACAAUGUGUCAGUCUGGCUUUCAAUACCUACUGACUACCCUGUCCUAUCUGUGGCUCUCAGCCCCAAGCCCACUGGUACUGAAGAUGUAAAUCUUAGUAACAACACAUUUACCA